AAAAAAAAAAGCAUCGAGCAUCUUCUUCUUCUCCUUCAACGUGCGAAACAAAAAGCUCACUUUGCGAAAUCCCAUAGAGAGAGAAAGCUUGAAUCUUUCGCGGCGCAGAAUCAUCCCCUGGAAGAGAAUCGUAUGCAUUUUCGGAGGCCUACUCUCUUCCUCCACCAUGGGAGCUUCAUGAAGGUCGAAGUUGAGUAUCAGUAGAAUCAGUUUCCUGGCUUUUAUCUGAUACUAGAAAAUGUGGAAUCUAGCGUCGAGUUAUCUCACAGGACCGAGAAACGAAGCAAGAAGACCACCACCAGUCCAUGCUACUCAUGUAGACUGUUCAGAUGACGAUGCCUCAUCAGUAGGCAGCAAAGAAGAAGGUCUCGAGUGUCCUAUCUGCUGGGAAUCAUUCAACAUUGUCGAAAACGUUCCUUACGUCCUAUGGUGCGGCCACACGAUGUGCAAAAACUGCAUUUUGGGACUUCAGUGGGCUAUUGUGAAACUACCUACACACCCUGUUCAGCUCCCUCUCUUCAUUUCGUGUCCUUGGUGCAACCUUCUGUCCUUCCGUCUCGUCUUCAGAGGAACCCUUAGGUUCCCUCGUAAGAACUACUUUGUGCUGUGGAUGGUCGAAAGGAUGAAUGGCGAGAGACGCAGUUCGCGGGGGAGAGAUCAAACCGAUACAAGGGAGCAGCCACCACCUGCUUGUCUCCACCAUCGCGGCGGCCAUCACCGCGCUCAACCUGAACCAUCAGGCUCAGUUAAUAAUGAUCAUCGUGUUCCGAGGGACAACAUACAAACUUCGCUGAGGAAGUCUCUGGUGUUCUUUGUCCAGUUGACAGCAAAGUUUCCCUUGGUUGUUAUCUUUCUGCUGAUUAUACUCUAUGCGAUACCAACAAGUGCAGCCAUAUUGGCUAUGUACAUUCUAGUCACUCUCUUGCUGGCUCUACCGUCGUUUCUCAUCCUCUACUUCGCUUAUCCUUGUCUUGACUGGCUUGUCAGGGAGAUUGUUACAUGAAGUAAGUGUUUCUAUUUAUUCGACGACUUUUCUUCAACGAGUUAGUCCUAAAGACCAGCCUCUAUGUAAGUAUAUGAUGGUUUGGUGAUUGGUAAUUACCAGUCUUUCUUUAUCUAUAUAUGUAGAUGUAGUUUUUGGUUUGCAUUGUUGCUCUAUGGGAGUUGGAAACAACAGAACAUGUCCAUCCAUGUGUUGUAAGGGCUGUUCUUGUAGGAUUUUAAUAGUAUUUGUAAUAUUUGAGUAUCUGCCUUCUGGCUGAUAAGAUUUGUGUGUGAAAUGCUCGUCACUACACGAGCUAAUGCGAAUGUCAAAA